CCUCUCACUCCUCUCACUCUUCUCGCACUCGGUGCAAACCUUUCGCAUCAACAAUGGACUCGAACGAUUCACACGACGAUGCACUUGCGAGCCGCAUUAUGAAAUACGCGGCCUCAAAGGGCAUGGAGCUCCCUGCGUUUCCUGGAGACGAUGUCGAAUCAUUACCAUCCGAUUACGAAUACAACGAGGGCGAUGAGGAGGAGGUAGAAGAGGUCGAGGAAAUUUCCGAAAUGGAUUUACUGCAGCAUUUGGAUUCGUCUAUGCCGCCUAUCAUUCUGGCUCAGGAGCUUUUCAACGAAGAAGUCAGCUCCGAGUCCUUCCAGGUCCUGACUGCAAACAACGGCAACGAACUCUUUCACAAGGGAUACACAGUUCUCGACAAUGUGAUCGAUCAAUCCGUGAUCCAGUCUGUCCGGGAUUGGGGCACACACAUGUUCAAGGCAGGACAGAUGGACAAGGCGAGCGGCAAACACAACAUCGAAGAGGAUCCGUUUCGUGAAGGGAGUGCCCGUGGCGACUACACAAUCUGGGUAUCGCCUGGCUCCAAGUUCUUGGAGCAGUCUCCGGCAUUAAACCAGUGUGUAGAUUGGUUCUCGAAACAGUUGCAUGUGGAUCUGGCCAAGCUGGUGCAUUUGCAUGGACAGGCGGAAUAUCAGUUGGCAUAUUAUCCUCCAGACUCAAGUCAUUAUGAGCGACACAGGGAUUCCUUCCCUACAAACGAUCGUGAUGAUCGAGACCAGCGUCGUGUUACUGCAAUUGUGUACUUCAACCCGGACUGGACUGAGGGCGAUGGCGGUGAGCUCAGGAUUUUUGACAAGGGUAUGAGCGAUGAGGAGGAGAAGCAGAUCGAUGUUGCACCCAAGGCUGGACGUUGUGUCCUGUUCCUGAGCGGUGUCAUGGAUCAUGCCGUCCUUCCCUCCUUCAAAGAACGCAUCGCAUUAACCUCUUGGUAUAGGUAGAUGAUUAUCGACUACAAUAGUAAAUUAAUCAUCAACACUUACUAACAAUAGUAAAUUAAUCAUCAACACUUACUAACAAUAGUAAA